UCGUUUGUUAAUAGAGGCUCGUUGCAAGUAAGCUUAAAAUUAAAUAUAAUUCCGUGGCAGCCAAUCUAGAAUUACAGUUAAUUAUUUAUCUUAUAAUAAUGCGAGAUUACUUUUGAGAAUGCGUCGUUUCAUGUAGGUUACUAUCCUCCGUUACCUUGCCGGUGUGUCCGUUUAGUUAUUACUUGUGCUACACCUGCGUGUUCAUUUCUAAUAACUAAUUAUUAAAACUUGCGCGAGUGCUGUUGCUCAUAAUGUACUGUUAGCUGUUUCAAAUACUGAAAAUUAGAUAUCCAUGACGCCGUUCUGUCAUUUUGAGUUUUCCGUAUUCGGGAUUGAUGCCGUCCCUUUGGUAUAUUUCUCACGUUCAUAAAAGAAGGAUGCACUGCUUUAUGGUUGAAAAUCCACACGGAUUUUUUAGCAUAUGAUAGUAAAUUGCAACCUGGUAACAAAGUUCUUAUUUUAUAGUUGUCAAAAACAACUAUCUUAACAUGAUUACCCCGUUUAAAAGACCAUCGGUCCAAACAGAUGGAGAUUGGCAGUUUAAAUAUAUACCAGUACAUAAGAUCUCGUCAAACACCAUCACACCUGUCAAGGAUUCGCCGAAGAUGGCAGGAAGUAACCGAGACCGACAUCCAGCUGAACCACUAGAUUUUGUGAAGUUGCCGUCAAACCGUCAUAUAAAAGUGACGAACUCUACAGUUGCGGAUGACGCAAACGGCUACGGUGAAAUCGCUCUUGAGUUGAGCUCCAUCUCCGCUGACCACAGCUCUCUAUUUUUCCGAACAAGGAAAGGACAGAAAAUGAUUUCAAACGUGAUGCACCCUAAAUCAGUGGAAUCCCCAGCCAAAAUCUUUGCUAGGCUGAAAGCCAAAGUGCUGAGUGAAAACAAACUUCAGCAGAAACAAGGUGACACAGCCAGUGGACAUCAAGCACCAAAUAAGACCCCAAGAAAAUUUGAACAUCCCUGGAUGAAUGGAGAAGAGAAGGAACACGAGGAGCUCCACCAGGCUACGUAUGAUGUGGAGGCCCUUACUUUGUCACCCCUGCCUGCUCCCGAGAAAGGUCCCAGAUUUCAAAGUAAUCCGACAUUAAGUCUGGACAUGCAGAAGGAACUCAAAGUGACCCCCAAAUCCACAUGCCCUUCAUUCAAGCUAGUCAGUGAAUGUACACCAUUAAAAUGGCAUGGUCCUCCAGCUUCUAGUAUCCAUUCUUUGGAUGAUGAUUUGUCCACAAAUGGGAAUACACAGGAUGGGCCUUUUGUUGUCCCCAAAGAUCCGGUGAAAAAGGCCCCUUUUCUGUCUUCUCUGAGGCCAGAGUCAUCGCAGAAUUCUCCAGCCAAGAUAUUCGCCCUCAUGAAGGAGAAGAUGGAGCUCCGGAAGCGUCAGCAGGAGGUCAACCGAAUGGAUAGCAUGGCUUAUGCUAUACGUGCAGAGGCUGCUCUUGAAUCCGUAACACGAAGCUUAAUGAUGACGAGUGGCGAUAAGACUGACAGCGAGGUUUCCCAGGAUGUGAACGCUGUGUCGCUUGCCCCCUCGACCGCUGGCUCCUCCCUCAGCCCAGAGGAAUCUAUAGCCCAGACAUUCGAGACAGCCCCCAGAGGCCCCGUCCACGGCCCACUUCCGGACAUCAUGGACGAUGCCCUGCUGCAGAACUCGCCUCGGAUCUGCAUCCCCAAAAAGAGGGCCGCUAUGUUCCAACAGAGAGCCAGAGAGGACUCGAUAAAGCUGAAGAGGAGACAACAUGGCACCGCGAAUGAAAUUCAUUUAAAGGAAUGGCAGGUUAAGAUGGUGAACAAUGGCUUCUUUGUUGAUGGCGUACGUGUGGACGACAAUAUGCCUUGGCAUAGCAACAUAAUCGCAGAGAGAAUCUCGAGCAACACGCUGAAGACGAUCUCUGGGAACAUCUACGUGCUGCUGGGUCGGAUGGUGCCCAGUGUCGAUAAGUCUUUGCCUGGAUGGUUGCAGAAGAAGUUCCUCUUUGGCUUCCCUCAAAAGUGGAAGGUUUACCUGCAGGACUGUUUAACAGAGUUGAAAAGUCACAGUUCGGACUCUGACAAAAAUAAACAAAAAGGCAAAGGUUCUCAUUGGAAACCAGCCCAGAAGCAGAGCAAAUCUACAACAAAGAGCCACACGCCCAGACUGUCUGUCUUGAAGACCCCCAGGACCUUGCCUCGCUCUGCCAUAAUCGGGAGCGAUACCAAGGUGUCUCGCAGCGGCAGACUCCUCAAGCCCCCUCUGGAGUUUUGGAAGGGGGCGCGGGUGAUCGUGGAUUCGGACAUGAACGUCACUAUACAGGACAGCUAUAUGUCCGCUCCCACUCCGCUUGUGAAUUGGAAGCAAGCAAAGUUUUCCACAUCAUCAAAGAGCGUAGAGAAGGCGCAUUCUAAAACAGAGCGCAGGCUGAGGUCAGCAGAGAGGGGGAGAGACAGGGCUGAGAGUAACUCUGACCUUGGUAGCAGCAAGAGUCCAGGCAUUUCUCACAAGCAGCUGCCCGCCCACGACGCAGGGGAGGCGGCCCUUGCCAAGACCACGCGCCAGUUCACAGUGCAGCUGUUGCCCCUGUUCAGCAAGGGUCAGCUACAGGAGUGCUGCCAGGCGAACGGCCUUCAUUUCUCCCCUGCUAAGUCAGACCCAGCCCCGGCAGGUACGCAGGGGGUCCACUCUACCAGCCUGAGCGAUGCGUGCUUUACAGAUGAGCACCAGUGCUGGUCCCAGUUGGAAGACAGUGAGCCAUCCGUACCCCGGAGGCGUGUGAAGCAGCGCUUUCGGGCCAGGGACAGAUCAAACAAGGAAGCACCACUUCCCAGGAGUUGCGCUGAGAAAGAAGCGACGGACCUGCAGCCUGCGACCCGCUCCAAGCUCUCGAGGGGCAGGGUGGAGCUCCAGAAGGCACGUUUGGAUUCGGACACCGACUGCACCCCGGGACCCCUGACCCACACUAGCCGGAGAGUGAGGAAAUGCCGCUAUAAACAUCCAGCAAGCGCUUUGCAGACUGAUGACAGCAGCUUGGAGGCAGAAGAUCCGGGGUGGCAACCAAAAUCACAACUGCGAGCUAGAAAGCAGGCCGAAGGAAGAUCGACUCAAGCAGGGGUCGUCAGGAGAGACAGCGGGAGCGACGAGUCCCAAAGGGCACUAAGGGCUUCUUCCAGGGUCAGGCAGGGUGCGAUGAGCAGGAGGACCCCCAUCCCAGCACUCCGGGGCCGUCCCCGGCAGACGUGUCUGCCGGAACCCGAGACCCGCUCCGGUUCUGCUGUUCACAGGAGCUCCCGUUGGAAGGCGGGAAGCUCCACCAAUCCAGACACGCCCGAAGAAGGCCAUUGGCGUCGCCUUCAGUCCCACGCAAGAAGCAGCUCAGAUUUGGGGAGCAGCGCUGAAUCUCCUCACAGCGAUAGUUUAAUGGAUAGCCCCGAGAUUUUUGCCUUGCCGAAGAGACCAGAUACCAACCGAAAAGUGAAAGAUGGUGACAGAGAGAGCUCCCCUGCAGCAACCGCCGCCGACUCCCAGUCUGAGCUGGAUGACUUUCAGCCGUCCCCAGAGGACUACGGCCGUAGGAAAGUUACUCGCCUAAAGAGAAAUGGUGAGCAGAAUCGGCAGAAAGUCGGCGAGUCCCCAGAGAGGAUUCGAGAGGCAAAAAAAAACAUGGAUAAGAGGAAGAACGAGAACGUCAAAGCGGCCAAGCAGAGGAAGGAGGACAAGGAAGAGGUGGAGGACAAUGAUGACGCCUGGACGGAAAAAGAACUGGACAAACUGCACAAGGCUGUGUCCAGCCUGCCGAAGCACCAGAGUGGAUUCUGGGUAAAUGUGGCCAUGAUGGUUGGCACGCGCUCUGCCACGGAAUGCCAGGAGCAGCACACUUGCCAGCAGACCCUGAAGGUCCGGCCUAGCAGGAAUAAGACAGCCCCCUCGAAGGAGGAACCAGCGAAGGAGCCACUGCAGAUAACAGCGAAAGUGGGAACGCUGAAGAGGAAGAAGCAGAUGAGGAAUUUCCUGGACAACAUGCCGAAAGACAACCACGAUGACGUGUUCACCAGCUCCCCCCUACAGAGCAAACGGGUUAAGCUGCCUGCACUGUCCACCCACUCGGAGGACCACGUGUUCCAGCAGCUGCAGCAGAACCCGCAGACGCCCAGCUCCUCCGGCUUCCCCCUGGUGAAAACGCCACAGUGUCUUCAUAUCAGCCCUGGGAUGCUCGGCUCCAUUAACAGAAACAACAAUGAUAAUUAUGUGUACAAGCUUCAGAAGAAGAUGGGCAAGGACUGGGUCGCGCUUCGUGGACCAGGCAGCCCCUUCCAGGACAAGUACACCGUAACACCGUCCACAAAACCGAAACGUGGCAGAGAUAAUGCCAAAAACCAGUCCCUCCCUGUUUGGGAAAUGUUCUCUGGCAAGGACCCAGCUCCUCUACCUUCCGAUGAAAGUGGGGAUGAGGAUUAUUACUUUAUGGAAGAUGACUAAGUCUAUUUAAAAAAAUGUAUAUGCUUUAAAGCGUUUUAGCCAGUAUGAGAUCUUAUAAAACUGAAAAAAAUGUAUGUAAAAAUUACUCCUCGUGUAAGCUUUCAGUAUAUUGGAAUUGAACUAUACAUUUUUUAAAAAUUUUGCAUUUUCGAUGUUGUAAUGGAAACUGUAAAUAUGGAAUAAAUUUCAUUCGUUCCAAAUUUAA